AUGACAAUGGACAUUCAAAAUAAUUAUCAAAGUUAUAAAGAGCAAUCCCCUGAUUCAAAAGAAUCGAAUUUGAACAUAGAAAGUGCGCGAACGUCACAAUUAAAACCCGACAUGCAGUCUACAGUGUUAAAGGCGAAGGCCGCUAAAAGGUCCUUCGAUGUGGCUUUUUUGAUGAUGCCUGAUGAGAAACCCCGGCAUCCACCACCCGAGAAGCAGCUGCGAGUAUCCAAGCAGUUAUUCAAUACAGAAGAAUGGGAGCAGUCUACAAAAAGAGUGUCAGAAAUUUACAAACACAGUGAAUGUUCCAAUGAUAAUACGCUUGACUCCAAAGACCAGGAUGAAGAUAGAGUUCGAAUAAAUAACAACAUAUCACCCGGUUUCGGUUCCGACGUCAACAUAGAUGUUGGCACCGAUGAAUACCCAAGUAAGACUACAUAUGCAAGUGAUUCUGAUUCAUCUGACAAAUCACGCAGCCGGCCAAACUCCAACGAAAGUGCCGCACGCCCGCCGAAAUUUUUGCCGGAGUACAAGAAUAAGAUUUUUGAUGAUCCGACUUUAAUCAGUGUGCAAACAAGAGCAAGGUAUGAAAAUAGAUUUUUUGCUAAACAACCUGAGGUUUCACCAAAGAGCGCUUUUACAAAAGUAUCGAAUUUUGGAUUAAGAUCACCGAUUCCGAAUCCAUCGGUCAGCCCUGACAGUUUAAUGUAUCAAAAUUCUAUUAGUCCACCGCUGGCUACUUCGCCGCCGGUGAAUAACUUCAAUAAAGCUGGAUUUAGCAAUCUAUUGACUCCCGCUCAUCUGUUAAAUGGACAUAAUUUCUUCAAAUCGCAAAAUAUGCCUUCAUCAUCUCCGAGUUAUCCGGAAUCUAGUCAUAUGCCGCAAAGACCAACCGUGCCGAUUAAGAAUGUAGAUUUUCACGGCAAAGGUGAUGCAAAACUUCAAAUGUCACCGAAUAAAAUGAAUUUUCUACCAUUCAGGCCCGAGCUGCCGUACCUCCCCGCAGGUUCAUCUUACCCUUUUGGCGUUCAGAAUUUCCAACAACCGAGCCCAGAUUUUAUGAAAUUCUCGGCACCUCCCCGAGAGCCAGUUAAUCCUUUAAUAGCCAAUCCGGCCGCGGCUAUAUUAAGUACUUUACUCCCAUCAACGUUAGCUGCAUUUUCGUUGCCAGCGCAAAAUGUCUGCGCGAAAUGUAGCAUAAGUUUUAGAAUGACUUCAGACCUUGUGUAUCAUAUGCGAACACAUCACAAGAGUGAGUCGACCGUGGAUCCAAAUAGAAGAAAGAGGGAGGAAAAGUUAAAAUGUCCUGUGUGUAACGAGAGUUUUCGGGAGCGGCAUCACUUGACGAGGCACAUGACAGCGCACCAGGACAAGGAGGGAGAUAUGGACGAGAUAUCGCCGUCUCAGUCUUACAAGAAGAGCAAACAGUUUUAUCCCCACAACGGCAUUCACCAGAAGUAG